AGGAAAAGGAUACAACUUAUAGCAAUAUGCUGACGGUGACCCGGCUGAUAUCAGCCCUUCUGCUGUUCUCUGGGCCAGUCUGGGGCGAUGAUGAUUCCGAUUGGGUGAAACUCCCCAAUACAUGUGAAGUAUGCAAAUACCUUGCUGUGGAAUUGAAAUUGGCUUUUGAAGAAACAGGAAAAACCAAUGAGGUGAUUGAUACCAAAUACGGCUUUCUGGAAGGAAAGGGUUCGAAAAUAAAAUACAGGCACUCGUAAGCAAAUUCUUGCAAGUUCACUGUUUUUUCUGAGGGAUGCUGAUAUUUGUACUUCAUCAGACUAAGAGGAGUUUAGUUUUCUUUCUGGACCCUGGCCAAAAGUGCAAUUGGAUGAUCUGUUCCCAGGCUUCACCCAAAGACAUUUUGAAUUUGCUGUUAGCAAAUAGUCAUAUCUGUUCCUAUCAUGGUGAAAAUUGAUUGAUGUAAAAGGCAAGUU